AUAAUUCGUUUUCAAACCUCCGUCAAGUCCUGUCAGCAUUGCGCGAUUGAAGCGUCGUCGCGCCGCCGAGUGUCUGCCAUACGUCCGAGAUCGUGAAAAUUCGUUUAUCUGAGUUUCCCAGCUUUCCAUCUUCCGCAGUUAGUUGUGCGCUCGCAACCCGUGGUGUGUUCGGAACGCCUUUCGCUUCAUACUUCUUGUACUGGCUUUCUCAUUCUUCGCAUAGACAACUCUACGAUUCCCGAAACUUUCCAAGAUCUUCUAGAGUUCAUACCCUUCUUCUUACUCAUAACGGAAAUCUGAAUCUUCAAAAAGCUAGAGCGAAUCAUACUGUUUUCUGCACAAACAAUUAUAUACAGCAUACGACCAAGCAUUUUCAUAUUGGAAUCAUAAAGGGGAGAGCAGAUAAGGAAUCAGCAUACGGACAAAACCUUUCUAUAAUUAUACAAUUCUAUAUAUCAAACUUCAUGCCCAUUCAAAUGAUAAUUUCACAAUUAUUCUUCAAGAUUCAAUGAAAAUAAUGAAUUACAAAAGAGAAUAUAUCUUUGAAACAACAAUUUGAGGGAACAAAAGAGCAGAUAAUAAAGAAAAUAUGGCAGAUUACGAGAGAACCCGACUUGUUGUCUUGGGAGGCAAAGGUGUGGGAAAAAGUUGCAUUGUGAAGAGAUUUUUAGAAAAAACAUACACCGAUAAAUAUCGUAGCACAAUAGAAGACCUGUAUAGCAAGGAAUUCGAUUUAGGUCAUAUGACCUUGAAGGUUGAUAUACUCGACACUUCAGGAGAAAUGGAGUUUCCAGCCAUGCGUAGAUUAUGCAUAGCCACCGCUCACGCCUUCCUUCUAGUAUAUGCUGUAACCUCAACUCCGUCCUUUCAGUGCAUAAAGCAAUGUUUCGAGGAAAUCAGGGAACAGAGAGGUGAUUUCCAAGAAAUUCCUAUCGUGGUAGCUGGAAACAAACUGGAUUUAACUUCCACACAUCGGGAAGUUAAUAUUGAAGAUGUUUCCGAGUGGGUUUUCUGUGAAUUACCCAAACUAAGGGUUAAAGUUCUUGAAUGUUCAGCAAAGGACGACAUCAAUGUCCGGGAAGUUUUUCGAUCAUUUCUGAAAAUUUCUCGUAUUUUUCCUAAAGAUUCCGAGGACCAGCCCUCCGGUCUCAAAAGAACUGCUAGCGCUUAUAUGUCGCACAAAGGUGGCAAGAAAACUGGCAGUCCAUCUCUGGAGCGGGCAAAACCAGAGGGUUCAGAAAACGGCAGCUUGUCAAAACCAAGAUCCAGGUCAUUGAUAAGAAGAACAAGUCGUAAAGCUAAGCAACAGCUCAGAGAUACAAGAAACGGUUGCGAUGAUUGCAACGUGUCGUAAAGGUUUUUUCUUUUACGUGUUCGAAAUAUGCUACUGAAUUCAGUAUGAUGAUAAUAAUCCAUGCAAUUAUCUUGAUUUUUUCUAAAAAAAAUUAACCCACCGUUCUUUUCAAACAGUUUUUUAUACUUUGUAUUAUUUACAAAAAUGAAUGGAAAAAUCAGAAUGUCAAAAAAAAUACUACAGUAAUUUCAAAAAAAAUUGUUUCGAGACGUCCUAAACAAAUCAAUUAUCCAUAUUUAAUUAACGAAAUCGGAUUCAUCCAGAAUUUUUCUAUGCAAGGUGUAUGGUCUUUUGUUGGAGACCUUGUACUUACAGAAAUUUCUCUUUUACGUGAGCCAGUCUGUAUAAUCUACAAGGCUUUUCUUCACCAAUUCGAAAUAGAAUGGCAACUGGUUUGUUUUUCAAACUCCACAAGUCCAGUGUCAAUUAAAUCAUACUACUAAUGAUUCAUUUAUAAUUUGAGAGCCAUUUGAGGACAUUGUGUUACUUUCAAUAUACAGGGUGUCCCGAAAAAUCUUAGUUAACCAUUAUGGUAACGGUACAUUCUAUCCUAAAUGCACUUCUGUUCGAAAAACAAACUCUAUUAACUAUUGAACAGUAUUAUAGUUUCAUCAGUAAGACAUUCGUUCUUUCGUAAUAAGUUGACCGUGACAAAACGAAACGAUGCAUUGCUUUAGUUAUUACAUGUUUGUUACUGUUAGUUCCAUAUAGACACUAUGGUUAGUUAGAAGUUAGAAUGUUGGCCGUGACAAAACGAAAUUUACAUUGCUUACUGAUCGAUUUUGUUACUGUUAACUGUUAACUCUCAGAAGUAAAAUGGACAAAACUUCGAGCCAUUUUUGUAAUCAUGGCUUUUGCUGUAUUUUUUUCAUUUUUCAAUCAAUCUUCAACACCCUGUUGAUCCGAAACGAAGCCGUUUUGGCCUAUAGUUUAUUAAGAAAUGUACCUAGAGAUAUUUUUAUUUUCAAUUAAUGAUUAACGUGUGACGUUUUAUUUUCGGGGCAGCCUAUAUAUUAUCUUCAGUAAUAUUAAUCAUAUGUAGGACCUCGGAAAUAUUCAAUCUUGUUAGUUACCAUGAAGUAAUGAUGCAUUCCUUAUGGAAAUAAAAUGUUUGCAUGGGGUGAUAUCAUCAUAAAAAAUAGCUUUAAAAUACCCCUCACAUUGUUCUGGAUAUAACCUCAGUCCUUGUACUUUUUAUAGAUACUGCACAAACCCAAUCCAUAUUGAAUGUGAUGCCUAUACCAAAAACCUUUUCGAAAAUAUAUACCUCUCAAUGUUGUUGCCUA